AUGGAGAGGAAACUAAUGAUAGCGUUGGCAAGCAAGAUUGGUAUCAACUAUGGUAGAAAAGGAAACGACCUCCCAUCUCCUUACCAAUCAAUCAAUUUUAUCAAAUCCAUCAAAGCUGGUCACGUCAAGCUCUAUGAUGCCGAUCCUGAGACUCUAACACUCCUCUCUCAUACCAAUCUUUACGUCACCAUAACCAUCCAUAACCACCAGAUCACUUCCCUCGGCACCAACCAAACCACAGCUGAAGAUUGGGUCAAAACAAAUAUCCUCCCUUACUAUCCACAAACCCAAAUCCGAUUUGUCCUUGUCGGAAAUGAAAUCCUCUCCGUCCAAGACAGGAAUAUAACGGCCAAUCUCGUACCAGCGAUGCGCAAAAUCGUGAAUGCUCUCAGAGCUCAUGGCAUUCACAACAUCAAAGUCGGGACAUCUUUACCUAUGGAUUCUCUCCGGUCGACGUUUCCACCGUCGAACUCAACGUUUCGGGAAGAUAUCGCCGGACCGUUGAUGUUGCCGUUGCUGAAGUUUCUCAACGGAACAAACUCUUACUUCUUCAUCAAUCUUCAACCUUACUACCGUUGGUUAAGAAACCCUAUGAAUACCACUUUGGAUUUUGCUCUCUUCCAAGGGAAUUCAACUUAUACCGAUCCUCGUACCGGUUUGGUUUACCAUAAUCUCGUAGACCAGAUGUUAGAUUCGGUUAUCUUCGCCAUGACCAAACUCGGUUACCCACACAUCCGCAUUGCGAUCUCCGAAACCGGGUGGCCUAAUUCCGGGGACAUCGAUGAAACCGGAGCCAACAUACUCAAUGCAGCAACAUACAACAGGAAUAUGAUCAAGAAGAUGACCGCAAUUCCAUCAAUCGGUACACCAGCUAGACCCGGUUUACCCAUACCGACAUUUGUUUUCUCAUUGUUCAACGAAGACCAGAAAUCCGGUUCGGGAACACAGAGGCAUUGGGGAAUCUUGCAUCCUGACGGUACACCAAUCUACGACAUUGAUUUCACCGCUCAAAAACCCUCAACCAGUUUUAAUCCUUUGCCUAAACCGACGAACAAUGUUCCUUACAAGGGUCAAGUGUGGUGCGUACCGGUCGAAGGAGCCAACGAGGCUGCGCUUGAGGAAGCUUUGAGGAUGGCUUGUGGCCGAAGCAACACAACGUGUGCGGCUUUGGCUCCUGGGAAAGAAUGUUACGAUCCAGUCUCUAUUUAUUGGCACGCAAGAUAUGCGGUUAGCUCCUACUGGGCUCAGUUCCGUACCCAAAACGUCGGAUGUUUUUUUAAUGGACUGGCUCAUGAGACUACGACUAACCCUGGUGAGUCAUUUGUGCUUCUUCCUAAAUUGGACAAGAAUAGCUCUUCGUAUUGUCUGGACGUUUCAUGUGGCAGAGUAAUGAAAUAUAUUGUAACUAAUAAAAGCGUUUUUACAGGAAAUGAUCGCUGCAAGUUUCCGAGCGUUACUCUCUGA